GACAGCUACAACUUGAGAAAACGUCUACCAAUUUAAGAAUAAGCAAAUAAACGUAUUAAAAAUAAUAUAUUUAUACAAAAUUCAGAUUUUUCAAAAUAUUUUUGAAUUAUUUUUAUUUUUAAAAACUGUCUUUUAAUUCGCUGAACUAUGUCAAUGUCGUCGUAUAUCUCACACAGCUCAUCGUUUCAUCGAAUGCGAUAUUCGCCGUGGGCAACGCGCAAAGGACCAUAAAUAUUUCGCAGAACUUUUCUCAAGAAAACUUGCAACGUCGACUCAUCUGGGGGGUUACUCUGUAAGGCGUUUCGCAAGUGAAAAAGUUCGUAAAUGAAAAAAAGCAACUCUGUAAGGCGACAAGCGCAUUGGAAAUUGCGUUUUGCGCACUUAUUUUUACCCCUUCGCAAUGGCAGCACUCUGUAUUGCGUAAACGACUGUCAAAUCUGUGCGUUUAACGUAUUUUUGAUUCGAUAUCAAACUGGCAAACGCAACGGACAAAAAAUGGAACAUUCAAAAAAUAAACAGACAAACCCAACACAGUUCGAAAUUUUAAUAAAUUUUAUGAAUACACAUUCGGAACUUUCCAAAGGACAACUUAAAACUGUGGACGCGAAAAAUGCAGCAAAUAAUUUGUGGAAAGAGUUGGUAUGUGACCUUAAUGCUGCGGGGCCACCAUCGCGCGAUGUUUUAAAAUGGAAAAAGGUUUGGUCGGAUUAUAAAACCCAUUUAAAAGCAAAAAUGCGGCGGAACAAAGUAAGCAUUUCUGGAACUGGUGGUGGUCCUCCAAGUCAUUGCUCCUUAACACCGUUGGAGGAGCAGGUUAGUGAACUUCUGGCAAUGGAAAUAUCCGUCAGUGGAAUAAGCGGCACCUCAGAAUUUGGUGCAGCACAAUUAACACAACCAAGUGGGUCAGACAUCACAACCGACGAAUUCCGACAAAAUGAACCAACGCCAGUGGAUGAAAUGCCACAUUGUUCACGACAAAGAGUCGCUCCGCAAAAGAAAGAUAGCCUUUUAAAUAAGCAGGUGGAUAACCAAAUCGCUUAUCACAAAGGUUCAUUAAAAGUGUUAUCCGAAAUUAAUGAAAAUCUAAAGGUAAUUUCAAAAUGUAUGAAAAAAAAACAUAAAAUGGCUAAAAGAAAAUAUAAAUUGGCCGUUGAAAAAUUCGAACACAAAAAAAGGAUUGAUUUGGACAAAACAAAACUAAAAUUUGCAACACUAGAACUAAAAAAGCAAAUGCUAGAAAUUGAACGGUCCGGCCAAUAAAAAUAUUGUAUUUUAGUUAUUUAUAUUGAAGUCUGUUACUUAUUUUUUAAUACUUA